AUGCGGCAGCUGGUCCAGCAGAGUCUGAUAAACGGUUCAAUAGCUGGAGAAACAGGGCUGUACUCUUCUGAGCAAAGACUGCCCCCUGCUGCAGAGAGGAGGCAGCCUCCAGUCCGGCAGCCUCCCCCAGAGGAUGAGGAGGAGGCCAAUGACUACGACUCUGACGAAGCCAGGAUGUUUGAGAAGGCGGACUUAUGCUGUCGAGAGCAUGACCAUUGCCAACACGUCAUUCCUGCUUUCACUGUGAACUACGGAGUCUUCAAUCCAAACUUCUUCACAGUAUCUCACUGUGACUGUGACCGGAGGUUCCAACAGUGUCUCAUGGAUGUGAAUGAUACUAUAUCUAGUAUGGUGCUCUACAGCUUCAGAAUGCUGAAAGUGCCAUGCAUUGAACUCAAACUACAAAAGAGAUGUACUAAAAUUAACUGGUGGGGAAUGUAA